CCCACUUCCUGGUGUCUUAGUGCUUCCAUCAGUAAAACAAGAAAAUAUCGACAGUGUUCAGAUGAUGAGCUUGCAUGGAAUUGACUGUGGUGUAGGCUCGGGAGGGUAACUGAAGGUACAGACAGGGAGUGAUUGCUAAAGGCAACCCAACAGAUUGGUUAGCUCUGCUGCUUCGGGAUUAUUGCUGCUGAGAAUGGCCAAGAACAGACUUUGAUAGUUACCAUUCGAACUGUAACCUGUCAGCAUAUAAAGAGACGUUCAUGGGGCUGAAGGAGAAGACUGUAGGAACGCAGGCCGAUUUUGAGAACUCUUUGUUAAUUGUGUUUGACGGUGAGAACAUGUAUAUGAGCAUGACAGAGCCGAGCCAGGACUAUGUGCCAGCCAGCCAGUCUUACCCUGGUCCAAGCCUGGAAAGUGAAGACUUCAACAUUCCACCAAUCACCCCUCCUUCUCUCCCUGACCACUCACUGGUGCACGUGAAUGAAGUCGAACCUGGUUACCACUCUCUGUGUCACCCAAUGAACCAUAAUGGCCUGCUACCAUUUCAUCCACAAAACAUGGACCUACCUGAAAUCACCGUCUCCAAUUUGCUGGGACAGGAUGGAGCACUGCUUACUAACUCCAUUUCUGUGAUGCAAGAUAUACGGAAUCCGGAAGGAACUCAAUAUGGCUCCCAUCCCCAGAUGGCAGCCAUGAGACCAAGGGGUCAGCCUGCAGACAUCAGGCAGCAACCAGGAAUGAUGCAGCACAGCCAGCUGACCACCAUCAACCAGUCACAGCUAAGUGCUCAGCUUGGCUUGAAUAUGGGAGGAAGCAGUGUCCCCCACAACUCGCCAUCUCCACCCGGAAGCAAGUCUGCAACUCCUUCCCCAUCUAGUUCAGUGCAUGAAGAUGAAGGCGAUGAUACUGCUAAGAUCAACGGUGGAGAGAAGCGACCUGCCUCUGACCUGGGGAAAAAGCCAAAAACCCCCAAAAAGAAGAAGAAGAAGGACCCCAAUGAGCCCCAGAAGCCUGUGUCUGCCUACGCGUUGUUCUUUCGUGAUACUCAGGCUGCCAUCAAGGGCCAAAAUCCAAAUGCUACCUUUGGUGAAGUCUCUAAAAUUGUGGCUUCGAUGUGGGAUGGUUUAGGAGAAGAGCAAAAACAGGUCUAUAAAAAGAAAACCGAGGCUGCAAAGAAGGAGUACCUGAAGCAACUAGCCGCAUACAGAGCCAGCCUUGUAUCCAAGAGCUACAGUGAACCUGUUGAUGUGAAGACAUCUCAACCUCCUCAGCUGAUCAACUCAAAGCCGUCAGUGUUCCAUGGGCCCAGCCAGGCCCACUCAGCUCUGUACCUAAGUUCCCACUACCACCAACAACCAGGAAUGAAUCCUCACCUAACUGCCAUGCAUCCCAGUCUCCCCAGGAGCAUAGCCCCCAAGCCGAAUAACCAAAUGCCAGUGACUGUCUCUAUAGCAAACAUGGCCGUGUCCCCCCCUCCUCCCCUCCAGAUUAGUCCACCUCUUCACCAGCAUCUCAACAUGCACCAGCACCCGCCACUUGCCAUGCAGCAGCCCCUUGGGAACCAGCUCCCCAUGCAGGUCCAGUCUGCCUUACACUCACCUCCCAUGCAGCAGGGUUUUACUCUUCAACCCGACUAUCAGACUAUUAUCAAUCCUACAUCCACAGCUGCACAAGUGGUAACCCAAGCAAUGGAGUAUGUGCGUUCUGGGUGCAGAAACCCUCCCGCCCAGCCGGUGGACUGGAAUAACGACUACUGUAGUAGUGGGGGCAUGCAGAGGGACAAAGCUCUGUACCUUACCUGAAAGUCGGAACACCUCUUCUUUCCACUGAGGAAUUCAGGGAAGUCUUUUUCACCGGACUGCUUUGUACAGCCAAGGCAGUUCUCCAUUUUAUUAGAAAAAUACAAGUUGCUAAGCACUUAGGACCAUUUGAGCUUGUGGGUCACCCACUCUGGAAGAAAUAGUCAUGCUUCUUUAUUAUUUUUUUAAUCCCUUAUGGACAUUGUUUUUCUUCUUCCCUGAAGGAAAUUUGGACCAUUCAGAUUUUAUGUUGGUUUUUUGCUGUGAAGUGCUGCGCGAUAGUAACUGCCUUAGCAACUGUAGAUGUCUCGGAUAAAAGUCCUGGAUUUUCCAUUGGUUUUCAUAAUGGGUGUUUAUAUGAAACUACUAAAGACUUUUUAAAUGGCUUGAUGUAGCAAUCAUAGCAAGGUUUGUAAAUAGCAUCUAUGUCACACUCUCCUAGAGUAUAAAAUGUGAAUGUUUUUGUAGCUAAAUUGUAAUUUGAAACUGGCUCAUUCCAGUUUAUUGAUUUCACAAUAGGGGUUAAAUUGGCAAACAUUCAUAUUUUUACUUCAUUUUUAAAACAACUAAUAGUUCUAUAUUUUCAAAAUAUUUGAGAAAAAAAAAACGUAUUCCCAAAUGAUUUUAAUUUAAAAACAAAAUUGGCUUUGUCUCAUUGACCAGACAAAAAGAAACGAGUGUUAAGGGAAGCGCAAACACAUUUAUUUUGUACUGCAGAAAAAUUGCUUUUUUGUAUCACUUUUUGUGUAAUGGUUAGUAAAUGUCAUUUAAGUCCUUUUAUGUAUAAAACUGCCAAAUGCUUACCUGGUAUUUUAUUAGAUGCAGAAACAGAUUGGAAACAGCUAAAUUAUAACCUUUACAUAUGGCUCUGUAUUAUUGUUUCUUCAUACUGUGUCUGUAUUUAAUCUUUUUUUAUGGAAACUGUUGCGCCUAUUUAUGAAAUAAUAAAUAUAGGUGUUUGUAAGUAAAUUUGUUAGUAUUCGAAAGAGGUUUCUUUGAUGUUUUAACUUUUGCUGG